GAGUAGGAGGAAAGAAGCUCAAGAGCGUGCCACGUGUCCUUUAAUAAAAUGGCAGCACGAACUCUAUUUAUAAAACCGAAGAGAGGGGAUUCUCCCCCGAGCAGUUUGAGAUCCUUCGUCGGAGAGGAACUGAUUAAAAUGGAGCAAUUGCCGGAGAACCGGAGCGAAGCAAAACGUUUGGCGCCGCCGCAAGGCAUUCACCAGAGCGAUGUGGACGAGGAUGACGAGAACGUAAAUCAGCUCAAUGAAUGUUCUUCUCUUUAUCGCUUGAUGCAGGUUAACUUCAUUGUCUUUGUUAAUUACUUAUUUUACCUCCCGAAAACCCUAAACCCUCAGAUUUAAGAUUCUUUGAUCUGGCCAUUCCUAGAGGAUUCCUUUUCUU